GAAUUGGAAAAGAUCGGCUCGAGAAGUAUAAAUUAUCCUGUUGAUCCUGCGUUGGAACAUUCGUAAUUUUUCUCUUCAUCACAAUCAUUCACCACUCAAGUCUUCGUUCACUUCAGUCUCCGUUCACUUUAGUCUCAUUCACUUCAGCUUCCAAACACCAACAAUUACCAAGCUCAAGGAUCACUUCAUUCAAACAAACUGUCCUUAAACAAAACCAUCUCUAUCACUAUCGCCAUGCAGCCCUCUACGAUCCUCUUCACUCUCCUCGCUGCCUCCGGCAUGACUGCCGCUGCGCCUAGCCCUGCCAGCUACAGCGGUAACCAAGACGGCGCCAGCCAAUUCGUCGCUCGCCAGGACCCUAAGCUGAGGGAAGCGCAGAACAGACUCCAGGGAGCUCGCACUGCCUCGAUGGAGGCCAUUGAGACUGGCGGUGGCAAGGGCCGCCGUCUUGGCCAGAUGAAUUGCGGUACCUUGUGCAGUCAGUGCCAGACCGGGGCCGUCACGGCUGCUGUGGGAGAGAUUGCCGUCUGCGGUGUUGCCACACUUGGUCUUGCUGCUGUCAGCGGUCCCCUUGGUGUCUUCCUUGAGGUUGUCGGAUUUGUUGGGUGUGAGACUACGGUUAUUGGAGAACUGAACAAGGCCGAGGCUGAGUGCCAGACUCUUAUUGGCUAGAGCGGGACCAAACUGGGAGUUCACUUGGGUAUUUCAUGUAACAGUAGAAUAUAGAGGGUUCGGAUUUAGGGUUGGUUUUGUUCCUAUAUUUAGAAAAUAAAGCAGCUUGCUGCAGCAUAC